GAAGAUGCACAGAGGUUAUUGGAUCAUUGUGGAAAUGUUCCACUUGCUGUACGCAUUACAGCUGGUCUUCUACAAGGUGGCCGAUUAACUCCCACCAUGUUGCUGUCAUUGUUCAAGAAGCUUGGUCUUGAUGUCUUCAACGAUGAUCGUCUUAAACCGAAUCAUCGGAUUCUGCAGCUGUUGAAAGUAGCAUACAACACAUUACAACAGGAUGACAAGGAGUCAUUCCAUGCACUUGCUCAACUACGCUCCUCGUUCUCAUCUGAAUGUGCUUGUGUGAUGGUGGGUUUGCCUGCAACUGAUGCCAAUGUGGUUCAUCUUGUACGUUUUGAUCCUCUGAUCAAGAUUUGUUUCCUGGAUUACAAUUCGUAUUUGAAACGCUACUCUUUGCAACCAUUCGUCGCCGAGUUUGGUCGUUACCAAUGCCCUGAAGACAAGCAACGCAUGUACCAACGGCGAAUGUGCAAGCAUUUCCUUGGCUUUGUGAAGGAAGUUGAUGACCGUAGAGGUUGUGGUGCAGACAAAGCAAUGUAUUGGAGUUACCAACUUCUUCAGGAAAGCGUGAACAUACAGAGUGCUUUGUCAGUUGUUGAUGUUUUGUCUGGUGAUGACUUGCUUCCUUUCUCUGGAUUAACAAAGUCGUCGGGUAUCCUAUUGGCCUUGUUUCGGAGAGCAGUACUUGUUGGAGAGUUUGGGGACAGGUUUCAAAGAUUGGCCAAAGCAUCGCUAUCUGUACAAGCUGACAGCAUUUGCAACUCGGUCCUGUGUUAUAUUAUACGUCCAAGCAUUGCAGAUUCUGAUUUCACUUUUGAGAGUUUGGAUUCCAGAACCCAAAUGCUCCUGGAGAAAUCUGAACAAGAACCGACAGGAGUGGAGUCGCAGUUGCAGCUUAUUUUCAUGCAACUUUUUCUGGAGUCAUGCAGGGUAUUCAUGUCUCUGGACAUCGACUGCAAGGAAGGACAGGUUGAGCCCAGCCAGGAAACAAUAUCCCGUCUGCAGGUGGUGUACCAGCGUGUUACAACAACACUGGGAAUGGGUCUUGCAACAGGUGUCACUGAAUGUGCCCUGAAACUCAUUCAACUGUAUUGUUCCACUCUGCUAAACAAGGAUAUUCCCAAUGUACAGGUGGUAGAAGACCUUGCUGAGAGAGUGAUGUCAUCACGCUUCCUAUCACAGGAUGGUGCAGUCAGGUCAUGCGCCGUAAUGUACGGUUUUCUGCUACAAUGCAUAUUUGUGAUCCUGGGCAAGGUCAUGUCAAGUUCCUGCAGCAGUGAGUGGAUUAUUUCACCAUCAUUGCUUACAACACUGGGUAUACCACUGUGCAAGUGGAAACAUGUACCAACUGCUUUCAGGCGCUCGGUCAAAACCCAUGACGACUUUACCACUGUGUCUACUUUUCGGUUACAACGGUACCUGUACUCCAUGGAUAAUGACACAGUGUCCACACUACUGGGCAUGCUCUGGAGUGAAGUGUACAGCUACCGAUACAGCUCCUUAGUAGCUAUUGGAAGGUCACACACAACUCCAAAGGGUCUCACUCUACCAGCACAGCAUCCCUACAACAUUGUGAUGGACUAUGUCAGGAGAUGGUGUAAUGGCUCGGAUCCAGCAGAUCACACAACAUCACUGAUUAACAACUGUAGCCAGAACAAGAUACCUGAUCUUGAAGUGAUGCAGUCUUGUAUUUUUACGGCUAGAGCACUGCUUACUUUCGAGAAUACUGCCUUAGCACCUGACGACAUUUCCGAACUCUUCCCAGCAUUGAAGUCAGUGGUUAAGGAUCUCAGUGCUUACCUGCCAAGCAAUUGUGCAACUGGUCUCUCAGUGUCUGGAAUUGUGUACCUACCACCCUUAACUGGGCCCCUUGACAGGCUUUACGUCCCUCUCCUUGCUGCCCUACAUCAUCAAUCCAAGAGAGGCCGUGUGAGCAUUGAUCACCACAUUGCACUACUGGAAUGGUGUCCACGUGUUGCAGCAUGUUUUGUCUGCUAUGACCUGGACAACAUCACGGCAUGUCCUCGUUGUGGCAUGGCUUACCUGUGUGGCAAACAUCGUCUAACUGGUGAACACCUAAGUGAACACAACCAACACUGUGAUAUGCUGGAAGCACUCAGAUAUCGCAUACCACGGUUCAACUGCGGGAACCACAUGUGCAGAAGGCCAUGCACUGAUGCUGGGCGGUGUCCGGAAGGAAUACCGGGCAGGUGUCUUUUAGCUAUCACCAAACCAUUGGCGGAUAUGCCUCAUGAUGGCAAUUGCGACAUGUCUUGUCACGGAGAACACAAAUGUGAUGUAAUCUGCACUCGUUGUCGCAAGAACGAAUGCGAUAAGCCGUUUGGUCACGAAGGAAAUGAGCACGUCUGUGGAGAGAAGCGUUGCCGUCACACAUGUGUUGUCAAGCAAUGUGUUAAUUGUGGAGCAAUCAAAACAAAGCAGGACUCACCACCAAUGUGCCGAGAGAAGUCUGGACAACAUUGUACAAUGCGACAAUGUCACAAGGACUGCGCAAGCACUGACCACCUUCACAAACCAAGUGAUGGUGAAUAUCACUACUGUGGGAAGCAUGCCUGUAACAAGAGAUGCUCUCUCAAUGGUCAAUGCCCUAAUGCAUGUAAAGGUGAGAAGGGAUUUUGUACGGAGAUUAUCAAAGAACCCUGGACAAAUGAAGAGCAUAGUUGUGUUCUCACCUGCUUUGGAAAGCAAGAAGAGCACAAGUGCACAAUGCCAUGUCCAGGGUGCUCAGAAUCUCAUCACAAAAAGCCAUGCAAAGAGUCUCCUGCUGAUGUCACACAUGCACAUAACUGUGUGCAGCCAGGCUGUGUUCGAACAUGCAGAGUGCGUGAAUGUCGGAAUUGCCAGGCAAUCAUAAUUCAAAGCCCGCAAUCAUGUGAUCGAGGGGGACACUGUAAGGAGAAAUUCUGUCAAUCACGGUGUGCGCAACCAAGCCACCUCCAUGAACACUCCGACUUGGCACCCCACAACUGCGGAGUUCACAAGUGCAACAGGAAGUGCGACACACAAGGUGAUUGUCCACCGUACAACGGCGAGAGAGAAGUCUGCAGGUCUACUGUUACGAAGCUUUCUACCACCUCAUUCCACGAAUCAGCCUGCCUGUUUACAUGUCAUGGGAAGGAACAUAAAGUUAAAUGUCUUCAACGGUGUGAGCACACAAGAGGUUGGGGUAUUUGGCAGUGUAGCCGACAGUGCAAACUUCCUUUUCCCCAUACGGCACACCAUCGAUGUAAGGUCCAUCAAGCGAAGGCAGAUGGUUCAGUGCCUUAGGAUGAAAGUGCUGAGCAUGAUUCAGUACGAUCAAAUAUUUUCUCGGCAUCUUUUAAAGGUUACGGAGCAAGAGCUGUCAGUGUGUCAGCGCUGAACAAGAACCGACAGGAGUGGGGUCACCGCUGCAGCUACAUUUGAUGCAACUUUCUCUGGAGUCAUGCAGGCUAUCCAUGUCUCUGGACAUCAACUGCAGGGAAGGACAGGUUGAGCCCAGGCAGGAAACACUAUCCCGUCUGCAGGUGGUAUACCAGCGUGUUACAACAACACUGGGAAUGGGUCUUGCAACAGGUGUCACUGAAUAUGCCCUGAAACUCAUUCAACUGUAUUGUUCCACUCUGCUAAACAAGGAUAUGCCCAAUGUACAGGUGGUAGAAGACCUUGCUGAGAGCGUGAUGUCAUCACGCUUCCUAUCACAGGAUGGUGCAGUCCCUUCAUGUACUGGAAUGUACGGUUUUCUGCAACAGUGCAUUGCUGUGAUCCUGGGCAAGGUUAUGUCAGGUUCCUGCAGCAGUGAGUGGAUUAUUUCACCAUCAUUGAUUACACCACUGGGUAUACCGCUGUGCAAGUGGAAACAUGUACCAACUGCUAUCAGCCGCACGUUCAAUACCCAUGACGACCACACUACCUUGUCUGCUUUUCAGUUACAACAGUACCUGUACUCCAUGGAUAAUGACACAGUAACCAGACAACUGGACAUGUACUUCUAUGGCAUGUACAACAUCCAGUACAUAUCCUUGGUAGUAAAUGGAAGGGCAUGCACAACUCCAACGGGUCUCACUCUACCAGCACAGCAUCCCUACAACAUUGUGAUGGACUAUGUCAGGAGAUGGUGUCAUGGCUCAAACCCAGCAGAUCACACAACAGCACUGAUUAACAACUGUAGCCAGAACAAGAUACCUGAUCUUGAAGUGAUGCAGUCUUGUAUUCUGACGGCUAGAGCACUGCUCAGGAUUGAGAAAUGUCUAAACUCUUCCCAGCGUUGAAGUCAUUGGUUAAUGAUCUCAGUGCUUGCCUGCCAAGCAAGUGUGCAACUGGUCUGUCAGUGUCUGGAAUUGUGUACUUACCACCACAAGCUGGAGACGAUACUCUACUAUACUACUCUCUCAUUGCUGCCCUGCAUCGUCAAUCCAAGAGAGGCCGUGUGAGCAUUGAUCACCACAUUGCACUACUGGAAUGGUGUCCACGUGUAGCAGCAUGUUUUGUCUGCUAUGACCUGGACAACAUCGCAGCAUGUCCUCGUUGUGGCAUGGCUUACCUGUGUGGCAAACAUCGUCAAACUGAUGAGCACCUAAGUGAACACAACCAACACUGUGCUAUGCUGGCAGGACUCAGACAUCGCACACUGCAGGCGAGGUGAGCUUCUGAGGAUCUCUACUGGAUAGUGUUUAGCAGUUGAGAUUGGUGAACUUGACCAGCACUGGACAGGGAUCAUUUCCACCAGCUACUGCAGUAAGAGAUACUCCAACAGCACACUACCUGUCAUUGAUCACAACACUGUGACAUCACUUGUAUAGACAUGAUGUAUACAGAUUGUCUAUGACACACAGUGUUGUGUUACUAUGUAGAUAUAAUGAUCAACUGAACUACAUGUACUGUCUAGUCCAGUCUACUGUGGUAUCAGUUUUACUGAAUGUGUUCAUGUCUAC